AUGGAUUCAAAGGCAAACAUAUCAUAUAUUACACUGGGCGGUUUUGUUGAAGUGGAAAAAUACAAAUUCCUUUAUUUUUUCAUCAUGUUGAUUGUGUAUAUCGUCAUAAUCUGCAGUAAUGUCACUAUUGUGUGUCUCAUUUGGAUCCACCAAAACCUCCAUGAACCAAUGUACAUUUUCAUUGCUGCUUUGCUUUGUAACUCUGUUCUCUUCAGCUCGGUCAUCUACCCAAAAAUGUUGUUGGAUUUUCUUUCUGAGAAGCAGGUUAUAACCAUUUCUGCUUGUCUUUUUCAGUGUUUCUUGUACUAUUCCUUUGGUGGUUCUGAAUUUGUGCUUUUGGCGGUGAUGGCGUAUGAUCGAUAUGUGUCCAUAUGUAAACCUUUGCAAUAUCCAACUAUAAUGGGGAAGACUAAUAUCAAGAGGUUGUUGUUUUUUGCUUGGCUUUUCCCUGCUGCCCAAGUGUCUGUGCCCAUUGUACUGAAUGCUGAAAAAAACGAUCUUUGCAAUUUUACUUUGAAAGGGAUAUUUUGCAAUAAUUUGGUUAACACACUUUAUUGCACCAUGUCUGGUGUAGUGGCUGUGUUUGGAAUGAUUGUUUUACUCAAUGUGACCAUCUUCUCAGUUCUUUUUAUCAUUUUCACAUACAUAAAAAUAUUUGUCAUCUCAUAUAGAAGCUGUAAAGAAGUGCGGAAGAAAGCAGCAGAAACAUGCUUACCACAUCUACUAGUUUUGAUUAAUUUUUCCUGUUUAAUCACAUAUGAAAUUGUACUUGUCAGAAUUCAGUUUGAUUUACCAAACACUGUACGUCUGAUAGUGACUUUACAGCUCGUAAUUUGUCAUCCUCUAUUCAACCCAAUCAUAUAUGGAAUAAAAAUGAAAGAAAUUUCUAAGCAUCUCAAAAUGUUGUUUGGAAAAUACAAACACAAAAUUCUGCAUUGA